AUGAUGUCAGAUGAGCAUUACUUGGCUCCAAGACAAGUUUUGGACGCUGCUUGGGACCAGUACAUCAAUGCUGCCAAAGAUCAACCAUCGCUGGUCUCCGUGAUGGAUGAGGACAAUGCUUCUACUGCUUCAUCUUUUUCCUCUACUGUUGUAUCAAACAACAUGGUGGCCAAGGACUUUUCUGUCGUUACUACAAAGUUUAUUACUACUGCAUUUGGACAGACCAUGUUGAUAGACUAA